AUGGCAUCUGAGAGACAGCUACGAAGGAUGUCUCAAUCAAAAGCCCGACCUGCUCCCGUGAAGCGCUCCUCGAGCCUCCGGCGAGCGUACAAUCACCUUUUCCGCUCCGACUCAGCGACUUCGAGAGCCAGCCCCCCACCAAGACCUGAGCGGCUAAAGAGGGCUCCCACCGUACCCGCUGUUCCCGAGUCAAACCAAGCCCCCGAGGCGGAAGACGAUGCACUGCGACGAGAACUGCAACAAUGUCACCAAGAGCUCGAGGAGGCGAGGGAGAUGGUCAUGGCGCAGGACCAAGAGCUGUCAACUCUGGAGAGGAACGCACAGAGGAUGGAGAGACGCUACAAAGAGAAGGAGGCGGCUUUGACCAGGCAAAAGGCUUCUCUGGAAGAGAAUAUGGUAGCCGUGGUGGUGCAGCAGAUCAAAGAGGCUCAAAAGGCCGAACGACAGGCCGUGAGAGAUGAAUGUAAUCGAGAACACCAAGCGACGCUGGACAGCCUGCAUCACAAGUACAAGUCGAGGACAGCAAUUCUUACGCAGGAACUGGCAGAUGCUCGCGCCGGCGCCGAACGACUCAAAGCCGAUUAUGAAAAUCAGGUCACCUCACUUCGCACCGAGAUUGCCUCUCUUACCAAUGAUCUCGAAACCGCCAAGGCAGCCAUCGUUGAAACCAGCGACUCACUGAAGAACAUCCAGCAAGCAUCAACCACUGCUCUGGAGGAAUCGGAAAAGGCAAAUACAACGCUGAGGGCGGAGCUAGAAGAUCAAAUCGCCGCUUUGACCGAGGAACUCCAUGCUUCCCGGAUCGAGCAACAGAACGCCGGCGUGAGCCUCGAAGACCAUGCCAGGCGAUAUGCGGACCUGCAAAGCACAUCCUCAAAAGCGUUAGAAGAUGCAGAAACCUCGCUGGCCUCGAUACGCACAACACUAGAGUCUCAACUUGAAGCACAAGCCAAUGACCUUUCCUCUGCCAGAGAUGCACUGGAGACGUCGACCAAGGACAGAGAGGCAGAGAGAUCAGCACAGCAGCUUGUUCAGGACGAGCUAGCAGCUGCACGUGAUGAACUUGCCCAACUCACCGCCGAACUCCAGAGUCAUGGUGAGACGAAGGAAGCUUUAACCGCAGCGGAAGCGCGAAUCACCGAACUCACGAACGAUUUGCAAGUUCAUUCAACCACAAAAGCUGCCCUAGAAGCGUCGGAAGAGCGGGUCGCCCAACUCCUAGUAGACCUGGCGGCUUUUGAUGCUUGCAAGCAAGAGCUCGAGAGAGCACAGACACAGAUCGCACAUUUGUCAACCAACCUCGAAGGCUUUGCUGGGACGAAAGAAGCUCAAGAAGUCGCGGAGGCACGGAUAGCAGAGCUCUCCACCCAGCUUGAUGGAUACGAGCAUCUCAAAGCUGACCAUGAGACUACCAAGCGGAACCUCGAGGAAUCCCAAGCCAAGAUUGCCGACCUGACGACAGAGCUAGAGGGCUACGCCGACUUGAAGGAAGCACAACACAACGCAGAAGCUCAGAUAUCACAGCUCUCUGCCCAAAAUGAGCAGCUUACUUCAGACCACGAGGCCAGCAAGCGGGAACUGGAGGAAUCCCAAGCCAAGGUCACAGAGCUGACGACGCAGGUCGAGAGCCACGAAUCAAUGCGGGAAGAGCUAGCGGCGGCGCAGGAGAAGAUUGCUCAGUUGUCCGCCGACCUGGAAGAACAUGCUCAGCUUAAAGAAGACCGCGACGUACUGAAACAAGAGCUCGAAGAUUCUCAUGCCAAGAUCGCUGAUCUGACAACUCAACUUGAGGAUUACCACGCAGCUAAGGGAACUCUCGAAGCGGCUGAAUCGAGAGUCUCUGAACUCUCCGUUCAACUGGAAAGUCACACUCAGCUCGAAACAGAUUAUGAGGCUCUCAAGACGGAACUCGACACCGCUCACGCCAAACUUGCGGAUCUCGGAACGGAGCUCGAAGAGCACAAGAGUUUCAAGGCACAACUUGAAGAAGCCGAGUCAAAGAUUGCCCACUUCUCCACCGAGCUCGAAGAAUACAUCCAGUUGAAAGAAGAUUACGAGAAGGAGAAGGAACGUUCUGCAAGCCUUGCACAAGAUAUUGAUCGCCAUUUGGCCGCUGUGACUGCGGCAGAAGUAAAACAACAAGAAGCAGAGGCUCGAGCUGUUGAGGCAGCAGAAAAGCACAAAUCCGCCGCCGAUGAGAUCGAUGAUCACCUAGCCACCAUUGCGGCAGCAGAAGAGAAGCACAAGGAUGCUGAAGCUCGUGCUGUCGAGGCGAAAGAAAAGCACAUGUCCGCUCUUGGCGAGAUUGAGGCUCACCUGGCUGCUGUCACUGCAGCAGAACAGAAGCAAAAGGAAGCCGAAACACGAGCUGACGACCUCGAAGACAAGUACAAGUCUGACCUCGCCGAGCUCGAGAGUUUGAAAGAUAAUCUGGCCACAGCAGAGUCAGGCCAUGCGGCGGCAAAGGAACAAAAUGACCAGCUGAGAGGGGAUCUCGAAGCCGCUUCGGCUUCUCACGAGGCUGCACAGGCUGCCUUGAAUGAGGCGCAGGAGAAGGUACGCCCUCUGGAAGAGAAGAUUGAAAGUCUCGAGUCUCAAUUGACGGCGGUGACAAAGUCAAUGCAGGAGGAUCAGGAACAUGCUCAAGCGCAAGAAGCGAAACAUGCCGAAGAGCUCGCAGGGAUUGAAGCAGAGAAGAAUAGCUUGGCAGAAGGCAUGACGGCUCUGCGAGAAGCGCACGACAAGUUGGCUGCUGAGAUGCAAUCCGCGGAGGACUCCAAGAAAUCUGUUGAGGAGACACUUGCUGGCUUUGAGGAGGAGCGAUCGAAGUUCACCUCAGAGCUUGCCGAGCUCAAAGCAACUUUAUCAGACCGUGACAGCGAGCUGGAAGCUGUUGUGACGGCCCAGGGUGACGCACGGAAACAACUCGAAGAGGCAGAGGUCGCUCGACAUACCGUGAAGGAGAAAUUGGCCGCUGUCGAGGCCCAGCUCAGGUCAGUCGAGGAUUCACGUGAAGAAUUAGCGGAGAAGUGCAAGCAGCUCGAGGAAACUCAAACCAGUCAACAGGCCACGGAAGAGCAACUUGUUCGACUUGAGGAGCAACUGAAGUCCGCCCAGAGCUCGAAUGAGGAGCUGAACCAGAAGCUUGAUGAAGCUCAGACCAGCCGGCAAGCCUCAGGGGACGAACUAAGCGCACUUCAAGAGCACUUGAAGUCAUCUCAGACCUCGAACGAGGAGCUGACCAGGAAGCUCGAGGAAUCUCAAGCCAGCCAGCACACCUCAGAAGAAAAGAUUGCUGCGCUCGAGGAGCAACUGAAGUCCGCCCAGAGCUCGAACGAGGAGCUUGCCCAAAAGCUUGAGGAUGCAGAAGGUUCGAAUACGGCAGCCGCCAGCGAGAAAGCAACCCUUCAGGCGCAACAUGACGCGGCUAUGGAUGAGCUUAACAAGGAGCUAUCCUCAGCCAAGGAGGCACUGCAGAAGGCGAAAGAAGAAGCAGAUGCGACAAUCGCAGACCUCGAAUCCAAGUUCAUUGCCUCUGAUGCCUCUCACAAGGACGUCCAAGAGUUGCUGGAAAAGACUCGUACUGACGCCGAUCAGUCAAAGACAGAAAUGGAAGGCAAACUCGCAGAAGCCGAAGAACUCCACAAAGCCGCCCAAGAAGCGAUCACAAAAGCAAAGGCCGAUGCCGAUGCACUGUCAGGUGAUUUCGAUCAGAAACUAGCAGAAGCAUUGGCAAAUCAGAAAGCUGCCGAAGAAGCCCUGGCAAAAGCGCGAGAGGGGGUUGAAGUAUCCAGUGCUCGCGAGGACGAGCUUGCCGCAGCCUUAGCCGCCCAGAAAUCUGCAGAACAGGCCUUAGACAAUGCUCAGACCGAAGCUAAAGCAGCUGAAGAAGCCAGAGCCAGUCUAGAGGCGCAGUUACAGAGGGCUAAAAGCACAGAGGCUGAUGCUGAGAAGAGGCUUGCCGAAUCCGAGGCCGCUAAAGCUGAUUUCGAGGACAAGGUCAAAUCGGCCGAAGCCGAAAAGGCGAAUGCUGAACAAGAAGCCAAGCUUGUUAGGGAGAAAGUCAUGCAACUUCAGGCCGAUCUUGAGUCGGCCAAUCAAGAAAAGCUUGCCAUUGUGGAGAAGUCGUCCAAAGAGCUCGGGUCGACAGAAGCGGAGCUGAAAGCGGCCAUUGCAGCGAAGUCAGAAGCCCAAGACUACGUCAAGGAGCUCGAAGCCAAGCUGGAGGCUUUGAAGAACAACGACGAAGACUCAAGCCCCCACCUGAAAGAACUUGAAUUGGAGCUCGAGUCCCUCAAAGCAAAAGCACUCGAUGUCAACAAGAUCUCGGAGGACUUGGAGGCAAAAGAUCACGCCAUUCGCCAGCUGACCACCAGCAAAGACGAGACUGAAACGCAAUUGAAGGACGCAGAGAAUAAACUGGCGUCACUCCAAGAAGAAAUGGAUUCUUUGAAGGCGUCGACGAGAUCGUCAAACGAAGAGGCCGAAAAAUACCUCGAGAGAAGAGAGCAGGAGUUCAAACAGCACGCCGAGCAAACCACUCAAGAGCUCAAUGCGCUGCAAGAACAAUUGAAAGCCAAGCAAGACGACAUUGCAGAGCUGCAGGCAUGGAAGGCCAGGAUGGAACAAAAGCUGGACGUUCUUACUCCCUCGACAUCCCAUUCACCUGAUGUGGGUGAUAUCGAGGAUAAGACGUCCACGGUCGCAACCGUGAAUGGCGGGAGGGGAAAGAAGAAGAACAAAAAGAAGGCGAAGGCAGCGGCCGACUUCGAGGACGCCAUGCAGGAGGCAGCUGCAAAGGAGAACGGUGGGAGCGACUGA